ACUGCCUAAGUUCUUCCUAAGCUCAACUGCUACCAGGAGGACUCAACAUGUUUGGAACACUGGUUGCCUCUGCCAUAGGAGGAGCUGUGGCUGUGGCAGGUGCACCCCUCGUCCUGACCGCCGUGGGCUUCACUGGGGCAGGCAUUGCAGCUGGAUCCAUAGCAGCCAAGAUGAUGUCUGCUGCAGCAGUUGCCAAUGGGGGUGGAGUUGCAGCAGGAAGCCUGGUAGCCACACUCCAGUCAGUGGGGGUCCUUGGACUCUCCACAUCAGCCAACACGGUCCUGGGGGCUGCUGGUGCAGCUGCUGUAGCCUUGCUCUGAACAUAGGAGACGACGUCUCUGUCAGCUCAACCCAAAGCCUAUACAGACUACCCAGGACACAAAGUUCCAAAAUGCGCCCUGAGAACCCUCUGUGAUGUCAGAGAACGAUGAAAAAUAAAGUAUAUUGGCUGGUGUGUUUUGC